GAAAUCCAAUAUGAUGUUUCUAGAAUGGUCAUUAAAUAUAUUAUUAUACAUUACUGUAAUAACAAUGGCCACUUUUACCAAUGAAAACGCAAAAAUUCCGUGCCAUACCGUACCUAAUUACCGUAAUUUAUCGAACAACGACUGUAUAAUGCCGAUUCAUUACAAUUUAGACAUGAUAGUGUUACCAGGCAUUUCAUUUAUUGGCGAGUUGAAUGUCACUUUUUAUAUUAAUUGUGAAAUAUCCAAUAUAACUCUACAUAUCGCAAGAUCCAGGCAUAUAGUGAAAGUGAUGUUUAAAUCGCCUAAUGGAACAAUCUAUACUCCAAAUUUUGAUUAUUCGAUAAAUUUUGUUACUUUCAAUUUCAUUAAAUAUUUUUCGCCUGAAAAUACACACUUAGAUUGUGGAGUUUAUACAAUGUACAUGAAAUAUGAAAUCAUAUUUGUUUAUCGGCAUUAUGGAAUGUACUAUAUAAAAAGAGAAGAUAGAAAAGAUAAAGAGUUUCUAUUCGCAAAUUUACUUCAACCGAGAAACGCUCGACAAUUAUUUCCGUGUUGGGACGAAGCAAAAUUAAAAGCAACUUUUAACAUCACCGUCAAAUUGGAUACAAGAUACUAUGCUAUAUCGAAUACGAUACCAAUAGAAGUCGAUUUUUCGUAUAACGGGAUGAUACGUUUACUGUUCCACAUGACACCUAAAAUUUCUGUAAACGAUGUCACGAUUAUAAUGUUCGAUUUGCAACCAGAUUAUAUUUCCAAGAUAAACAAGAUCUAUUUUUGGAGCAAAUGGGAUUUGAUACCUUACAUGAAAUGGGCGCAAUAUGUUGCGGGAAAUGUAAGCAUGUAUUUAGAAAACAAAUGGAGGAUUAUUUCAAGAAGCGAGCCAAAAAUGGAUUAUGUAAUUAUUCCGAUAGACUUGACCGAGUAUAAAAGGCGGAAUUGUGGAGUGAUUUUAUUCAGCAAAACAAAUAUUAUCUACAACGAAGAAUUUUAUCCUGUUGUAUUUAAAACUUUAGCAAUGCGUUCAGUAGCUCAUAAUAUAUUACAUUAUUGGUUUAUUAAUUUUUUCUAUUCGUUAUGUCGAUCUUUCUGGUGGUUGAACAAAGGCUUUGUUGUGUUUCUCGAAUCAUAUAUCAUCGAUAAGAUAUAUCCAGAUUCUCGGAUGAUGGACUUAUUUAUUUCUCCUGAUAUGGCAAAUACUUUCAAUGAUUUAUGGAGCAUUAUGCCGAUUCCUAGAAGUGUAUUAAAACUAAUAAAAUAUAAUUUGGACAUAAAUAAGAUUAUGGCUUUUUGGUCUACGCAGCAGCAUUAUCCCGUGUUAAAUGUUACACGAUAUUAUUCUAGAAAUAAUGCGAAAAUAUUCUUAUUGUUAGAGUCUCAGGCCGACAUGGAUCAGAAUCCAUAUUGUAUACCUGUCACAUUUACUGAAGAAGCAAAUAUAAAUUUUAAUGUAACUGGUUCAGAUAUUUAUUUGACGCCCUCAAAUCCAAAGUGGGAAAUACAGUUCUUUUAUCCAAAAAAGUGGAUAAUAUUCAAUUUACAACAAAUUGGUACAGGAUUUUAUCGCGUCAAUUAUGAUGGCGAAAAUUGGAAAUUAAUUGCGCGUUACUUAAAUUCUGAACAGUAUAUAAAUAUACAUGUUCUGAAUCGAGCCCAAAUCAUCGAUGACUCAUUCCAUUUGAUGAUACAGGGAAAACUUAAUUUUUCCACAUUUUGGGAACUCUCGAGUUAUUUAUGGCAAGAGAAAGAUUAUGUGGCAUGGUAUCCUAUGUUUAAAGCUCUGGAAUACAUGUCAAAUAUUAUUCCAUUUCUUAAUUCUGGACUCUAUCCUUCAGAAGUAUUUAAGGUAUUUUAA